AUGAACGUGGACCCAAACGAGAGCGAUGGAGAAGAAAACGCCGUCUCGGGAACGCGUCGAGUUCCCGAGCAUAAGCUCUCUUGUGACCAGUGUAGACAAAGAAAGAUCAAAUGCGACCGUGAAAAUCCUUGUGGACCGUGCCAACGAAAGAGUAUUCGUUGUUCGUUCCCCACUGGCUUCAAGCCUCGAGCAAAACGUCAGCAGGUCCUGGUAUCAGAUGGCUAUGAAUCCAAACUGGACGCCAUUUCGCAAAAGCUUGAUCGCAUAAGCCUCGCUGUCGACAACAUCGCUUUUUCUCCUCAACAAUUACAAGGAGGCUCGUCAGCUGCUCACACUGCCAUUAGUUCACACGUCACCCCAAAAUCCCAUGCGAGCUCCCCGUCGUGUAAUGUCAGAACAAGCCAGGAGAAAGCCCCAGAGUUCGAAGGCGAUGUCACUUUGACGACACAAGCUACAUUUGCGACGAACUUCUUGCAACAAUUUGUUGACAGCAACCAGCCAUCGCAAACGCUUCCGGAGAUAAAGAGUCACUUAGACGCACUACGAAAGAUAUUGGCGAGCAAGGAUGUCACGGCUGACGAGACGCGUCUUGUUGAUACGCAACGGAUAUUGUCCCCUCAAGAACAUGGAGGGUUUCAGCUUCCUCCUGUCAACCUGGCCAUGAUGGCUGUACAGAGACUGAGAGAGUCUCCCAGGUUACAGCUAUUCUGGCGCGCAGAGUUUCACAGCAUCAGUCAAUUUGUCGAGUAUCUCAUGACAGUUUACUUCGGCAAGCCUACCCUUGCUGAUCUCAUUGUUACCCAUGUUGGCUUGGUAAGCCUAUUGCACGAAUGUGACAACGUCGAGACUGAACAAGUUCUCAAGAAUGAGUUUGCAUCUCAGGCGACGCUCUGUCGACAAAAUCUGGACUCUAUCCUGGCUGGUCUUCCCUUCAAUAUGCCCUGCACACCCGAUUACAUACUUGCCCUGUUUAUGGCCUCAUCCUACCAUCUCGAGAAUUGCCGGAUUUCUAUGUCCUGGAAUACUCUUGCUGCGGCAGUACAGAUGUGCCAGACGCUAGGCUUCACCCGUGAAAAUCUCCCAAAGCCAGAGUCUGGAGAGGCAAAGCAGCGACGGGCUAAAUUAAUCUUCUAUAUCCAUCUUUGCGACAAGAUGCUUGCUUUGAGGCUGAGUCGGCCAGUCUUGAUACGAGAUGGAGAAAUUACUAUUAACUUUGAGGCUUUAGAAAAGGAUAGGGGAGACGGACCUACCCCGAUUAUUGCGAAAUGGGCAUGGUUUUGCAGCCUUCAAGGAAGAAUCUAUGAUAUCCUCUACAGUCCGGGGUCUUUGCUUCAGCCAGAUGUUGAGAGAGAGACGAAUGCGAGGAGAUUAGCGGCUGAGAUGGAGCAGUUGUUCCAAACAAAGAGUGUGGCAGAGGAGCACUUAUUUGAGUCAAUCGGGGCAAGUAUCGGCGAAAACCAGAGCGAGGUCUUCCGCAGGACCGAUAAGGUAGCAUACUAUUCCACGCGCUGUCUGGUAUUUAGAGCAGUGAAACCUGCGUCUAUGACAUCCUCUGCGUUUUGCGACGAAUGCCUAGAAGCAGCAAAGAAUGGUCUUGAGCAACACAGGAUUUGUUUGUCAAUGCUCAAGAACGUUGAAGCCAUCAUCUUUGAGUUCUACAUGCACUGGGGUCUUAUGGCGGUCCCUCUGGUGCCAUUCAUAGUCUUGUUUUGCCAUGCUAUCGAGACCUGCGACCCGACUCACUUGGAGCCGCUCGCAGCCGUGGUUGAAACAGUCGACAUGAUACCCCCAGAUCUUCCAAAUGUUUACAGAAAGCAACUUCAUCUGUUCAAGCUCAUGUAUGAAGUCGCAUGCAAGUAUGUGGGCUCGAGGGCCAAUAACCCUCAAGUCCAGGUGUCAGGGCGCAUACCUGAUACACCAUUUGAGAUGCUGUUCUUCGAGGCAGGAGUUCCUGUGCCCAGUCACCUGAACAUGCAGACAAACCUUCAGAGCUUUAAUGAUGGAACACACCUUGCAAAUGAGGUUAAUUACGGAGGCUUACCAACAGGACAAGGGGGGAAUAUGGUGGAGGGUGGCUUUGACCAUAACAUGGAGCUGGGGAACUGGUUUGAGCAAAACCAGGAGAUAUUUAUGAUGCUAGACAACAACCAAUCAUAG